AUGACUCAAUAAAUAUAUAUUAACCUAAAACUUGUAUAGACUUUAACCGGAAGAAAGCAAAGCUUUAACUUCGACCCAGAUAACACCAUUCUUUAAGUCAAAUAAGCUCUUUAAGAAAAGGAGGGUAUUAUGAUUGAUCAAAUCAGACUUAUCUUUGGAGGAAAAUAAUUAGCAGAUGAGAUGAAGAUAUCAGACUAUAACUUGGAAGCUGGCAGCACUAUCCAUAUGGUUCUCCAACUCAGAGGUGAUAUGGAGAAGUUUUUCAAUAGAAUGGGCCAACUCGGAGCUGCCCUAUUAGUCGGUGGAAUCGUCUUAACUAGAUUUACCUUUGUCGUUGAUGGUGGUGAGCGUGCCGUUAUCUUCAACAAGAUAAAAGGAGUACAGAAUAAAGUAUAUGGAGAGGGUAUGCACUUGAUGGUUCCACUCCUUAUGGUUCCAAAGAGAUUCGAAGUCAGAUCAAAGCCAUAAACCAUUCACUCUAGCACUGGUACCAGAGAUCAACAAAAUGUAGAUCUCUCACUCAGAAUCUUAUAUAGACCAGUUGAGGAGAAAUUAGCAGAGAUCUUGAAUAAUCUAGGUUAGGAUUACGAUGAGAGAGUUAUCCCCUCAAUCGGAAAUGAAGUACUCAAGUCAGUUGUAGCUUAAUAUAAUGCAGAUCAAUUACUUACUCAAAGAGAGAAAGUCUCUUUGGAAAUUAGAGAUAUUCUCAGUAAGAGAGCCCAAGAGUUCGAUAUUCAUCUCGAUGAUGUUUCUAUAACUCACUUGCAAUUCUCUAAAGAGUUCGCUCAUGCUAUUGAGCAGAAAUAAGUUGCUCAGCAAAUGGCUGAGAGAUCUAAGUUCAUCGUCAUGGUGAGAGAAGAGGAAAUGAAAGCUGCAGUCUUAAGAGCUGAGGGAGAGGCUGAAGCUGCCCAGUUAGUGGCUGAUGCUAUUUCAAAGUACGGUCAAGGUCUAGUAGCAAUGAGAAAAAUUGAAGCUGCUUAACAUAUCGUAGAGGCAUUAUAAUCCAAUCCAAACAUCACUUUCCUUAGUGGAAACGCACUCAACAUGGUAAAUAUCCCAGGCACCAGAUGA